AUGGCACCUUCGGCUAUCACUCCGACCACUGAGGACUAUGUAUCUCUGUCGUUGAAAGCAAACUACACCCCCUGUCUCGAAGAAAGCCACAAUGGAAAGGCUCUAUCCAAAGCCAUGAUUGGCCGUGCCCUGCAGCAGCGUGUGCAGAGCAUUGAUGAAGACACUUGCGAACCCGGUGAAGAGGACGCCUUCUUCGUCGCCGACAUGGGCGACAUCUACCGCCAGCAUCUGCGCUGGAAGAAGCACCUCAACCGUGUCAAGCCCCACUAUGCCGUCAAGUGCAACCCCGACCCCCAGGUCCUGCGUCUGCUCGCUGCCAUGGGCACUGGCUUCGACUGCGCUUCCAAGGCUGAGAUCGACAUGGUCCUCCGCCUCGGUGUUGACCCCUCUCGCAUCAUCUAUGCUCAGCCUUGCAAGACCAAGUCUUACGUUCGCUACGCCUCCAAGCAGGGCGUCCGCCAGAUGACUUUUGACAACUUGGACGAGCUAUACAAGAUCAAGGAGCUCUUCCCUGACGCCGAGCUUUACCUCCGUAUCCUCACUGAUGACUCAGCCAGUCUCUGCCGCCUGAGUCUCAAGUUCGGUGCCUCGCUCGAUGACACGGGUGAUCUCUUGGCUCUCGCUAGAAAGCUCGAUCUCAACGUUGUUGGUGUUGCUUUCCACGUCGGAUCGGGCGCCUCUGACCCUGCAGCCUUCUUGAAGGCUGUCCGCGAUGCUCGCUUUGUCUUUGACCAGGCAGCUGCUCUCGGUUAUGAGCUCAAGACACUCGAUGUAGGUGGUGGCUUCGUCAGCGAGACCUUUGACGACAUGGCUGCUGUACUCUCGGUCGCCCUGGACGAAUAUUUCCCCCCCAGCGUCCGCGUCAUCGGAGAGCCAGGCCGCUACUACGUCUCCUCGGCCUUCACUAUCGCCUGCAACGUCAUCGCACGCCGCUCAGUCGAAGACAAGGUUCUGGGCGUCAACAGCUACAUGCUCUACCUCAACGAUGGUGUUUACGGCAACUUCAGCUCCAUCAUGUUCGAUCACCAGCACCCCAUCCCCCGUGUCCUCAAGGCCGCAAACUCGCCCGCCUCUACCUACGACGCCGUAGCACCUUACGACGCAGGCAACAAUUUGCCUUUGGAAUACUCCAUCUGGGGUCCUACCUGCGACGGCAUCGACUGUAUCUCUGAGAGCUGGACCUGUACCCAGACUCUUGACGUCGGCGAUUGGCUAUACUUUGAAGACAUGGGCGCGUACACCAAGUGCAGUGCCACCAAGUUCAAUGGCUUCAGUGACAGCCACGCUACUGUCUACAUUUCCAGCGAGCCUGGCGCUUCUGCCCUUUUGGGAUACUAG